AUGCAUACAACGAUGCGGCCUCGUCCUCGAACCAUAGCGCAGAUAAAAGAAAGAAGUUUCGCUACACGCCGGGCAGGACUCGUUAACAAAGCAAGACAACUCAACCAGAAGACUGGUGCCAGAACUGCAAUCCUAGGCACUUAUAACGGCAAAUUCUUUUACUACGAUAGCACCAGCGUCCUAUCCGACCUAGGGAUCAUAGAUAAGAUCCGAGGAGAGAAGGUCGAAUCACCUUCAGCCGAAAUAACAAGCGAGUCUUGUUCGAUUUCAGACACCCCCGUUUCCCAAGACUUUGAUGCGACAAAUCAACCGGAGCAUUCUGCAACUUCCGACAGCCCAUCCCUAGAGUCACUGGCCGAUAUCGGCUUUCUUGAAAAGCCAGCCAAGUUAGAGCCAGCAAAGCCAGAAAACCCUGAACAGCCUACUUUAAAAGACGCCCAAUUCAACUUUUUCGCCAUGUUCUCAAACGAGGAUCACAGUUCGGUUGCAGGCAAAUCGCCAAAGACCCAAAAUUUGGAUUCUGAUGUGAUAGAUUGGGGCUUGGACUUUACGCCUACAUUCAUGCUCUAUAUACUAACAAGCCUCGUAAUCUGUCACUCUUGGAUUAAACAAAUAAUGCGUAUAACGCUUAAUGGCACCCUUAUCGGCCCCGUAGGAUAUAUGCGCGGCUAUAUUGGUAAAAGCGACCCAAACUUUGUGGACCAUGCCAAUACAUACCUCCUCCCUCCUAACGGGCGAUCAAAGGGUAUGGUGCUCAACAGUAAUGGAAUAUAUAAUCCGUCUCAAAAAAUAGGAAACUACAGCCCCAAAUACCCAAUAUUGUCUGCUGCUCCUAGGGACUUUAUUGCUUUGCGCUACCAAGAGAAUGGGCAUGUAUCACUCCCAGGGAGUGGUCCUCCCAAGCCAGAAAACCGUGGAACAAUCUAUAUCUAUAACACAAGCGAACCCGAUGACAACCACAAGGUUCUAAACAUUCAUCAAAAAUGGGCAACGGGCCGGGAAAAGGGAAGACUCAUCGCGACGCGUCCUUUUAACGAUGGCCAAUAUUAUUAA